AGAGAAAGGGGGGGGUGCAGAGGAGCAGGAGAUGAGCAGACAGUGAGAGAGCUGACAGCAUGAGCAAGAGGAUGAGGGUGCAAAGGGAGAAUGCAUAAGAUAGACAGAGGCAGGAGAAGCUCAGUGCUGCACAAUAGUGCCUGAGGCUGCUGGAGAGAGAGCGAGAGAGAGGGGGAGAGAGAGAGAGAGAGAGAGAGAGAGAGAGAGAGAGAGAGAGCAGGCAUCAUGGCAGUGCUCACUGCAUCAUCACGACACAUGGGGAUGUUUGGCCGCUGCUGGUGAACACCGUGUGAUGCAGAGGAAAGAGUGGAGGACUUCCUGGAAACCAAAGACGGGUUAAGGAAACAGGUGAGACACGUGGUCCCACGCGAUGAGCGGGAUUCUGAAGAGGAAGCUCGAGGAGGGCACGGCCCCUUACCUCUCGCUGCAGGAGUGUGACGACGACGAGGUUUCCUGCAGCGACAGCGGCAACAGCAGCGACAGUCUCAACCAUCCCAUUCCCUCUGGACUGCUCAACUCUUCUCUCCAGCAGCAGUCAAAGCGACUGCGGGGUCGCAACGUGCACUUCGAGAGCGUAACCGUCUACUACUUCAGUCGCCGGCAAGGCUUCACCAGCGUGCCCACGCAGGGCGGCAGCACUCUGGGGAUGUCACCGCGUCACAGCGGCGUGAGGCGGUUCACCCUCAGGGAGUUUGCCAUGGAGCAGAAGAGGAGCCACCGUAACAUGUUGAGGGAUCACCUGAAGGAGGAGAAGCUCAACGCCAUCAAACUCAGAUUGACAAAGAACGGCACCGUGUCAUCCGCGGAGGCAGACACCCUCACACUGGACGAUAUCUCAGAAGACGACCUGGACGUGGACAACACAGAGGUGGACGAGUAUUUCUUCCUCCAGCCUCUGACCACGAGGAGACGCCGCACCCUUCUCCGUGCCUCGGGGGUGCGGCGCAUCGACGUGGAGGAGAAGCACGAGCUGCGCGCCCUGCGCAUGUCCAGAGAGGAGUGUGGGUGCCGGUGCCGUGGGAUAUGUGACCCGGAAACCUGUGCUUGCAGCCUGGCCGGCAUUAAGUGCCAGGUAAAUGGAACUGUGGUGGACCGCAUGUCCUUCCCGUGUGGCUGCACAAAAGACGGCUGCAGCAACACCACGGGACGCCUGGAGUUCAACCCUGUCCGGGUGCGGACCCACUUCCUGCACACCAUCAUGAAGCUGGAGCUGGAGAAGAGCCGCGACGAGCAGCAACAGCAGCAGCAGCAGCAGCAGCCCGAGCAGCAGCAGCAGCAGCAUGUAACCAAUGGCAACGGUUACCAUGGAGACUCCUCCUUGGUCCAGCAGCAGCAACAGCAGCCGAACCUGCAGUUUCCACUGAUGAGUGGCACGCCGUCGCACAUUCCCAUCAUGCACCUCCAGAACACAGGUGACACAGAUUCACAUUUAGAUGAAGAAGAAGACGAAGAAGAAGAAGAGGAGGAGGAGGAAGACGAGGAGGAGGACGAGGAUGAGGAAGAGGAUGACGAAGCCUACGAGGAAGAUGAGGACGGCAGUAGCAUGUGCAGCGGGCUGUCAGACUGCAGCACGCACAGCUUAGAAACAAUUGACCCUGAGGAGGGAGAGGAGGAAGAGGACGAGGAGGAGGAGGAGGAGGAGGAUGAGGAUGAGGAAGAGGAGGAAGACUGGGAUUGCUCGUUACACGGAACGAGUCCUCCCCCCUACUCUGUUCCACUUCCUUCGGUGCUGAGUUACUCUAACAACGCGCUCAUGCGCCUCAGUAACCCCUUCCACAACACUGCCACCAUGCAGCAUUAUCAAAUGGACGGCUCUGUGAAGGACACUGCUGCUUUUCUUAGUGAAGGUGUCUCCGUCACCCCCACGCUCCCCACAGUAGAGACGGCAUUAGAAUCGGACAUGAACACAGAACUCCACUGCCGAACGUUCCCCGGCCCCACACCCGAGUCCCUCGCGCCCCAAACUCCCUCACACGUAGACACACGUGAAACAAGCACCACACCAGUCGCCCAGCGGUCACUCGACUGCACAGACUCCCAGAACAAUCCAGACGAGCGUGAGUCACAGUCUGAGGCUGUGGCUGCGUCUGUGGAUGGUGCAAAGACAGACAACCACUGUGCAGAGUGCAUCUGAUGAUUCAUCCCGUUGUUGUUUGGAAAUCUUUAUUCAAGAAGUUUGAUUUGUUCUUGAAAAGUGCACUUCCAAAGAGAGAGUUUAAACACAGAGGGUGACCUAAUUUUAGCUCCGUUUGUUUCAGUAUUGUUGGUUUGGACAACGAAAGGCCUUGUCAGUGUUAGAGCUCAAGACAACAGUGUUUCUGUAGCCGGUCUGUGACGACACAACCUUCAUUUUUUGCCUUGUUAUGACGUCUUUGAUUAUUACUGCAUGUUUCCUGGUUGUGAUGGCGUCCAUGACAGAGCUGUGAGGUUCUGAGGUGCCGGUAUUGUUACACUGGUCCCAUCGUGCUGGUGUCUUAAUUCUCAUGCCGCCAGUCGUCGUUAAAUGCCUGUCUGUAUUGCAUGUCUUAAUUUUACCUGAGAUGUUUCAACUCUUGCACAAAGUGUAAAAUGAUAAACAAUGUCACUGGCAAUACAGUUGCAUUCAUAAAGUUUACACAAAUUGUGGAUUUCUUCUUUUUUGUGUGCUAGCAAUGCAGUUUUAGUUAUUGGGUGGAUUGCUUUGGACAUCCUUUAAAGUUGCUUUAAAUCAAUAUUUUUAUAUUAACAAAGGAUGACAUAGCAUAUGUGUAAGGAUCUGUAGUUCUAUCAAGUUGUUUUUUAAAAUCCUCCUUUAAUUAUUAUUAUUAUUAUUACUGUUGUUGUUAUCAUUGUUGAAAAUGAAAGUGGUCCCACAAUAGAUCCUUGGGGAAUAACUGUGUGCAUUAUGUUUCUAUGGCUACUAUGCUUUUAUUGCUCUAUUUCUUUUUCACCGCUUCAGUAAUGGACGCCAAUAAUCUGAUUCAGACAAAUGUUAUAAUGAGACUGAGAAGUCGACAAUGAGAUCAGAAUAAUAAAGCGAUCAGAAAAUGCUGUUUA